UACUGAACUCAGGUCUCCUAUUUUAAGAUAUUGAAGUAAGGGAUGUUACUGAGCCAUCUAUUAGCUGAAACCAAAUGUUCUGAGAUCUUCGUUGAUUACUGAACUGAAGUGGUUGGAGGCUGCAGCCUUUAUUAUAUCUUGAGGACUGAGAUCUGGAUUUUACAGCAAUUGUCUUUUUUCAACGUGUUACGUGGACGUCCAGUUACUGUGGUAUAGAAUACGUACGUCGAUCUGUUUGUCGUAGAUUGACCAAAUAAAAGAAAUGGCAAGACAACUGGCUGCCUUGCCUAAAAUACAGUUUGAUAUGUACAGGACAAAAUCAAGAGUUUUGGGUUCAGGGGAUCACUUCGAAUCACCUCUCACUUCAUCAAAGAAUACAAAGAGAAAAAUGACAUUUGAUUCAGCUGGUAAUCACAUUACUAUGAAUAUAUCUAACAAUGGUGGCUGCAAAAACGAGGAAAAAAUCAAUGUGAACAAUGUACUAGAGACAGAAGAGAAUAAGGUUACAAGUGCUAAAUCUGCUAAAAAGAAAUUAAAAAAGAAAAAGAAGAGCAAGGCUGUUUUUUUAGAGGAAAACCCUGAAUCAUCUAAUGUUGACAUAAGCAGCAAAAAUGCCAAAGAUUCCUCUCAAAAUCCAAAGAUUUUAAUGACUAAUAAAUUAAUAGACCCAGAUCAAAGUAGCUCAAGAAUUGCUACCAUGAAUAGAACAUUGGUUGCAGACAUUUGUGCAGUUUCAUGUUUCAAUAGCCAGGGUAUGAAUUCUAAUGAAACUUCUAACAAAAUAUGUAAGAAAAAAGAUGGAGAUAGCAACAAUCCUAAUAUAUGUCCCAAACAAGAGAGCAAGCCAAAGACUACAGAUGAGAAUUAUUCUCAUGAUAUCAAUGAUUCUGAUAAUCACCAGUCUGCUCCUCCAUUUGGGUUUCCUCUUUCUGCCAGUAGACUUAUUGAAUCUGCAGUUGAUCUUCUUGAUUCUUGUUCAGGAGCAACUACUAGCAGCUAUGAACAUACAGGAAUGCAGAAUAAGGACAAUGAAAUCUAUGUGCAGCAAAAGAAUGAUACAAUUGGUGAUGUUAGACAAAGUACUGUGGAAAUAAAUGGAUGUGUUCAAAUAAAUUGCAAUGAGAGUAACAGUAAAAUAGAUCAGAUUACCAGUAAGAAAUGUGAACCUCAUGGGGAAACUGAUUCAGUUGAUGGUGACAUAUCCAACCUCUCUGCAUUGGAAGAUGAAGGAGGAUGGCAGUCACAGGUUAGACGAUCCAAUCGAAAGAAAAAGAAAGAGCUUGCUGCUAGAAAUCCUAGAGAAAGAAGUCAAUCUGAUCAUAAAAGCAAAAAGAACUUCCAAAAGGAUUACAAGACCAAUAGUGUUAAGAAGCAAAAUUCUAAGAACAAUACAAGUAAUAGAAAUCAGAGUGGAAAAUGUAAAGAAAUUCUUGAAACUUAUACUCCAAAUAAUGCAACAAAGGACAAUGGUAAUGGUUUAUAUUCAAAAAGAAAUGAAGAAAAAGACAGGAAACAGGAAGAUGCCAAGGAAACAUUUUCUUAUAGAGAUGCAUUGUUAAAAAGCAAGCCAAAAUCCUCAGAGGAACUGCAGUACAAUAGUGAUAGUGGUGUGGAUGUCAAUAGUGUCGGCUCCUGUGACUCAGCUAUUCAUUCUUCCAAAACAUUUUGUGAAUUUGAUCUCAAGGAAGCUGUCAACUUCCUUAACAAAGGUUGCAAUGAAGUACGAGUGAGGCACAAGCAAGGAAGGGUGCAUCAUUACAGCCCGUGACACUCCAUAUUUUCAAGCUAGAAAGAAACAAGUCCAUAGGAAAACUUGCUGAAGUAUAAACUAGUAAAUAAAAAGGUAGAAACAGAUAUAGCGUAUGUUGCAGACAAGUCGUUCUAGGUAAUACAUUGUGUGAACUUGAUCAUUUAUUUCAAGCAUAUGUUUAAUCGGUCUUGUUUCAUAUUUCUGAAAGACAUUUGUGUAGUUUGGGAAAACUGAAAAACUGCGUAAUAUCAUUGGGACCAUCGAGCUAUUCCCUCACUUAGCCUUU